AAUUUGAUUUUUAAUUGUACUUCAUAAAAAGAGUCAAGUUAAUAAAUAAAAAUGAUGAACCCAGAGAUAGAAGCGCAUAUUAAAAAUAAUAAUUCAUGGUCCAAGUUGCCACAAAGUGUUAAACAAACAUUGGGCAAUAAUGAACAAAAUUGGGCCAAAUGUGUUUCUGAUUAUUCAAUCAGAAAUCAAUAUCGCUUUAAAACAAGUAUUGUUAGACAUGUUCGAAAAGACGAAAAAAAUUACUAUCAAGAACUUAUUCAGUAUAGCAGAGAUCAUCUAAUGCUUUAUCCAUACCAUUUAUCUGAUAUCUUUGUAAAAGGAUUGCGAUUGACUCCUUUUAUAUAUUAUUGCAAAAUGAUGGAAGAUAUAAUGGUAAAUGAGCGAAGUUAUGACACAUUGCCAAACUUUACAGCCGCUGAUUGCUUUCAUUUGCUUGGAAUAGGUAGAAAUCAAUAUAUUGAAAUAAUGAAUCAGUGUAAAUCUUCAAAGCGUUUUUUUCGUGCACGUAAACCUCCCAGAGAUCUUCUUCCAAUUAAACCGACUUUGUCAAUAGCUUCAUGGUGGGUAGCACAUCCUGGUUGUGUUACAGAUGAAGAUAUCAAGUUGUGCAACAGUUCUGAAAUAGCAAUUAUUGACAAACUAAUUGAUAAAGGAGCUUUACCUGUUAGUGAGUUAAACAUGGAUGCAGUUACAGCAUUAUACAACCGUGGUUUAAUAUACAUGGAAGUUCCCAUAAAAGAUGAUGAUUUUAUAGUGGUUCCCCCUUUAGAGAACUUUAUUAUGAAUCGAGUUCUUGGAGACUAUAUGGAAGCUAUGCUUUAUAAAGUUUUUGUGUCAAUAGAUGAGCACACUACUGUUAAAGAGCUGGCACAAGUUUUAGAAAUUGAUCUUUCUUUGACCAAGAAUGCAAUAUCUUUGUUUUGUCGUUUGGGAUUAGCAUAUCGAAAAGAAGAUGGAGAGGAAAAAUCUAAAGAUGUUCCAACCCUUUUAUUAAAUAAAUCAAGAAAAUUCGAUGGAAGCUCUGCAGAUAUUUUGCUAGAUUUUGAAGAUGAUCAGUGCAUUAAUGGCAACUUGGAAAAAGAAGAUGAUCCUGAAGUUUUAUUAGAGAUUGAAAGCAGUACUAUGCUAUCAGAAACAGCAUAUACAAAAAGAAUUGCGUUUUUAUUUGACUCAACACUGACUGCUUUUUUAAUGAUGGGAAAUCUUUCUCAGGGAUUAAAAAGACAUGCUGUUACAAUGUUUGAAGUGGGUAAGCUAACUGAUGAAUCUUUGGACAAUUUUGUCGCAGAACUUGAAAAGAUUGAAAAUGUAACCAAUGAAGGAGAAGCACAGCGAUAUUUUGACCAUGCAGAAAUUCUUAAAAACACCAUACAAUACUUGCGAAAUAAUAAAGAUCUUAAUAUCGAUCAAGAUAUGAAAGAUAUGAGUGCUCUAAAGUUAGAUCUUGUAAGAUGUGAAAGUAUGAACAGUCUUGAUCCUGCUGUCUGUUCUCGAAUUUUUCAGAAAAAAUACAGUUUAUUGAUAUCAAUGGCACCUUUAAGUAAUGAAAUACGACCAAUAGCAAGUUGUUGUCCUCCUCAUAUUGGUCCAGCUAUUCCCGAGGUUAACUCUGUGUGGUUUAAAUUAUUUUUCUACUCAAAAUUAAAGCAAGGUCCACCAUCAUUGCUUUUAGUAAAAGGAACAAGACUAAAGCAACUUCCUAGUAUAUUUCAUAAUUUUGAGAGGUUGCUUAUCACAACAUGGAGUCACGAUCCAGUUAUUGCACACACUUCAAAUGUUUUGUUUUCUCUUAAUGAAGCUCUGAUGCACUCCCCAGUUCUUGUUCAAGGUGAUGGUAUUAAUGGAGAAGGUGAUACUUUAAAUAUCUCAUUUCCGCUUGAUGAAAAAUGUUUACGAGAAUCUGGACAGAUACCACAAAUCCUUCAAAACAUAAAUGAUGCUUUUAAUUUGACAACAUCUUGUGGUUAUAUAACAUUGUUAAAUUUAAAAAAGAAUGUUGGAAGCUCUUCUCUCGUAAAUGAAAACAUUAAAUGCUCUAAUGAAAAUCUUGAUUUAUCAAGUAAGGACUCAUGGGUACCUUUGCAGUUAAGCUAUGGUAUUCCUCUAUUUGAUCACGAGUUAAACAAACAAGUCACUUUUAAGAUGGUAAUGGGUGGUUUAUGUAAAGAUACUAGUCUUUCUCAAAUGAAUAACGCAAAUCGUCUGCUAUCACUUGAGCUUUUGCAUUUUAUUUCGAUGCACCAGAAAGAAAAUCGUCUUCAGUUUCAUGUAGUAGAGUCAACGCAAAAGGCUCCAUAUCCUACCAAAUCAAUUAUGUAUGUUAACGGAGUUUUAUCAGUAUGGUCCUAGCUUUAUUAAAUGUAUCCGCUGAAAGUAUUGUUAAUAGUAUAGUUUUUAUCAUCUCUAAAUGUAUUUGAAUUUCGAUAUAAGCGAUUUUCAGCGCUUGGGUUUUAGAAACCUAGCGUAAGAAUUAUUUUUUUUUAUGAAACAUUCUUUUAAAUUAUUGUUGAUGCUGAAUACUGUUUCUGUUUGUUUAAA